CCUUGUUAAUAAACACGUUUUUUUGCAGCAUUUUUUGCAACGCUUCCUUGUAAAGUGUGAUCUAAGAAUGUAAAUCGAGACAUCUGAAUAAACAAAGUGGUAGCUUACAGCAGCUCCUGGAGUAAGUGUACAAAGAAAAAAAAAAGCCCUUGGGAUUCUGUUUCCUAGAAACAGGUCGCAAUUCCCACCCCUCCCAUUCUGGUGUCCUGUUCACAGGAAGGACACAGAACAGGUAAACAUCAACCUGCUCCUCCUCCACUGGGAUGCAAAGCCACUCCAUAGAGCUAAUCUACUGCUUCCUGCUAUAGUCACACUGUGUCCGCACAUUAUUUAACUUAUGAGCUUGGAGGAAUAAGACGAGGACAGGAUGGCUAACUCAGCACUGGAAAUAGUGGGUCUAUUAUUGACCCUGAUUGGGCUGAUUGGGGCGGCAGCAAGCACUGGGAUGCCAAUGUGGCGAGUCACAGCCUUCAUUGGGGAGAACAUCAUUGUGUUUGAGACCCGCUUCGAGGGUCUGUGGAUGAAUUGCUUUCAGCAGGCCAACAUCAGAAUGCAGUGUAAGGUGUAUGACUCUCUCCUGGCCCUGCCACCUGACCUACAGGCGGCACGGGGGCUCAUGUGCUGUGCUGUGGCGCUGGGUGGUCUUGGUGUGCUGAUCAGUCUGGUGGGGCUGCAGUGCACGUCAUGUAUCAAAAACAACAAUCGAGCUAAGCGACUGGUCCUCAUCAUUGCAGGAACCUUGAUCAUCAUGGCUUGCAUCUGCGUCCUUAUCCCCGUGUCCUGGACAGGUCACGUCAUCAUCAGGGACUUCUACAAUCCCUUGCUGAUCGACGCCCAGCGCAGGGAGCUCGGAGAGGCUCUUUACAUUGGCUGGGUGGCCUCCGCUUUCUUGUUCUUUGGAGGAUGCAUGUUUAUUUGUUUCAACAUGCAGUCUGAAGAUAAAGAUUCAGAGAGGUAUGUGUACUCAAGGAACUCCGAGUACAUGGCCUAUCCUCCACAGCCUCAACAGCUGGUGCUAAUUCCCCAACCACAACCCCAGCUUCAGCCAGUGCUGUCAAGACAUCCAUCAACCAACUACAGCUACCACUCCAGAUAUCCCUCUGUACGCAGCGGGGUGGCUUAUCUCUGAACACUUAAACUGACUGAGGUAAUGAUGAUCACAGUUCUGGUCACUAUUGUAAGGGAAUUUUUUUUAAUAUGGAUUUGUGUGGCAGUGGAAAAUUAUGGCACAUUUCAAAUGUUAAAAGAUGUAUUUCAGGUUAAAAAAGAACACAUUUCAAUGAAUACAUUUACUGUGAAUGCAAAUGGAUCAUAUUCAUAUGGAUGUCUGUUUUAAAUCACUCUCUUUAUACAUUAUUUGAGGUGUACUUAAUGCCUUGUUAAAAUGCACUACAGUUACAGAAUCUUGAUUUCAACCUAUAUCAUAAUUAUAACCCUGCCUAUGUAAGCCAAUACAUGAUUUCCAUUACUUUUAUGUGCAUUGGUUAAUCACAUUUUGUACUGACAACCUUAUUUUUUGUUUUCUUUAACCAAUGAGUAAUGUGACACAAGUAUAUUUGUGUUUACUGGUAAAAUGCUAUUUGUUGUAGUUGGCACAUAUAACUAAGCUAUGUAGUUACAUAAAUAUUUCAAUCCAUUUUCCUCAACCUUCAACAUUAGCUGUGCCUGAGCUGUGUAUUCAAAUUUACAUCACCCAGCCCAUCAACAAAACACACAUGCAUAUGAAAUGUGAAUCACACAUCUGUAUGGCACAAAUAACCUCUCACAGGCACCAAUCACCCUAAUACACACAGUCCCAUAUUUUUCUGCUCAAUUUUUACCAGUACAGUGUGCGUCUAUUUAAUCAGAAAACAAUUGAGUCUUUGUUUAAGUUUGGUUUGAUGCCCUGGAGCUCUUGGAAACUGAUGGAACUGAACAAAUGGCUGAGUAAACAUGAGAUGCAGGUUUAAGACUGCUUGUUAAAGGUGUGGACCUGGCAUAACAAUGCGUCUCCACAUGCGUCUCGAGUGAUCACUUGUGACUGGAUCUCACUUCCCUGCUCUAUAGGCAAAUAUGAAAAUUCACUGUGGUAUUUUAUUUCUCUUGUUGUGAAGCACUUUGUACUUUGUUUUGAUAAGUGCUCUAUAAAUAAAGUUUUAUUUUAUUAUUAUAGAAAUAAACACGUACAUUAUUUCCGUUUGCAAAGACCAAAUUUUUAACCUGAAUUUGAUGAAUUUACUGUUUAUCUGACCACAAAUUAAACAAGAAUUAGGUAGGAAAAACAAUAGACGCUGCUUUAUUCACUGAUUUUGGUAAAACUGGAGAAAUUAUUUUCGUGUCCACACCUUUAACUCUCGAGUUGAGGCAGAGCUCCAUCCACAAGAAUCCAUUUUGCCUGUUGUUGUUGUGGCUUCUUGUUGUUUUGCACUUUACUUCCACUUACACAGAGGACAUCAUUUGAGUAGGCAGUCCUUCAAUGCGGCCCAGGACACAUUCACAAACACACUGCUAAAAGAAUGUGGCCAUAUGCGGACCAGACCACCUCUGAAUGUGGUCUGAGCAAUCGGAUUAUGUCCUCAAUUCAUCUUGGGUGCAUUCACACCUGUACUUAGAGCUGUCCACUUGUGAUCGGAUCACCCAAGACGCAUGUUAAUGCCAGGUGUAAACAGGGCCUUAACUGGACAGCUUAGUGUUUGUAAAGAAGCCAGAUGAGAAGUCCUGACAGCAUGAUCAUGUGAUCAGAAUUUGCAAGUCACUUUGAAUGGAGUUACAGAGAGCUUUAGACCAAAAAUUGUCUAGUUAAUUUCCGGGUCGAUGCCAGCUCCAUAAUGUUUAAGCAAUGAGAGAACAUUUCUAUCUUUGUUCAGUCAAGUAUAUUAGCUCUUGAACUACUAGGUCACCUCAUUUCACUUUCAAUGAAAAGAAAUUCAACUCCUAAUACACUGAAUGUAAUAAUAUUAACAUACACACACACACACACACACACACACACACAUAUAUAUAAGUGUAAGGGUCUCUCACAGUAAAAGUAAAGUAAUUUCAUUGCUGUUUCAUACUGAAAAUAUUUGGUGAUGUUGUCUCUCUACUGUUGCUUAAGAUUACACCAAAAUGAACUGUUUGUCUGAGUUACUUGUGAUUUACAAAUAUAUAUUUCUAGUACUCAACAAUCAAUAACUGUAUGUGGACUGUGUGAUUUGAGCUCCCUCUCUGUUCAAUCACUUUGAAAGUCAUCUCUGCUCCCCUGUGGACAACAGAAGUACCACAGGAGCUUAUGUGUUGUAUAUUUGUUUGCUUCUGAAUUAUACAUAUACAAGUGAUAACUUUUUUUAGUUGUGAGAUAUUUCUGGUAUUUCUGGUAUAACAUGUUGGUGUUUACUGCUAGAGAAGCUUGGCACAAGUAUAGCACUACAACCAGAGAAACCAUAAACACAAAAUAAGGAGAGGUCCUCUUUACCCCCAUUGCUCUGGGCCAACCAGGUGACCGCAAAGUAUUUUUCCCAUAACAAACCACCUCUUACAGCAUACAACAAACUGCUUCAGAUGAGAAGAUCCUCGCUGCCUUGGACACAUCUCUUACUCAGAUUUUGAGAUGUUGUACUAAAGCAUCAGAAUUUGUUGUCAACGUGAGCUAACCUAAUUUUGAUUUUGGAGACAGCUGAACUCUUGUACACUGCACAAUGGUUGAAGGUGCUUCAGAGAUAGCCGCAAUAUGUGUCGGCCUGAUUGGGCUGAUCGGGGCGGCGGCUACAACAGGGAUGCCCAUGUGGAAGGUGACAGCAUUCAUCGGGGAAAACAUAAUUGUGAUGGAAACGCGCUGGGAGGGCUUGUGGAUGAACUGCUACCGACAGGCCAACAUCAGGAUGCAGUGUAAGGUGUACGAUUCCCUGCUGUUCCUGCCCCCUGACUUACAGGCAGCCAGGGGUCUGAUGUGCUGUUCUCUGGCUUUGUCGGGGCUGGGGCUUCUUGUGGCUCUGGCAGGAAUGCGGUGUAUUUCCUGUUUUCGGGGUAAUGAUUGGGCUAAGACCAUUAUCCUGAUGGUUGCAGGUGGUAUGCAGUUCAUGGCCUGUAUCUGUGUCUUUAUCCCAGUGUCGUGGACAGGUCAUGUCAUCAUUACGGAUUUUUACAAUCCUUUGCUAAUUGAUGCCCAGAGGAGGGAGCUAGGAGAGGCUCUAUACAUCGGUUGGGUGACCGGCGCCUUCCUUUUCGCCUCAGCCAUGUUGUUCCUGUGCCGCCGUAUGCCCUCAGACAAAGACUCAUUCGAUGUGUACCACCCAGCCAACUUGCUCAGAUACAAGCCAGCACCCAGGAACCCAUCUCUAAUGAGCUAUCAUCCCAUCUCGAGUGUUUCCAGCCUCCGAUCUACUGCAUACCAGCAUUCUCUGCCAAUCAACGGCUCUGUUGGACAACAACUUGCGACGCCACUGCAAAAUAUCCCUCAAGUUAUGACAAAGGAUGGAGCCCUAAUCAACUCUCCUUUUGUUUAUAACCCAGGUCUGCCUGAAAAUGCGUCAUUGUUAUAUCAGGGUAGCAUGGCUCACCAUUCCUCCAUGCAGAGUUCAAAACAUGCUGGAAGCCUGUAUACAGCAGGCAACUCCUUGUACAUAAGCCAAAACACUACGCCAUAUUCACUGACUUAUACCGGCAAUCCCACUACGUCCUACCAGUCCAGUUUUCAUCCGGUUCCACACACUCCUGUUUUCAUAGGAUAUAAUGCAUCAAGAAUUCAACCAGAGUCUCACAAUGGGAGCGGUGCUGGUAUAUACAUAUAAAGAAAAAAAAAAUCAGUGAGUUUUUGUAGCUGCUUAAACUUUACAGACACAAAGCACUAAGCUUUUAAAGUUUAUCAUUACAAGUUAAUUUAAACUGCUGCACAUUAGUGGCAAGAUGAAGGUAAAUUGUUAUCUCUGCUUAUGUUAGAAUUAUCUUGAUGCCCAGACUAAAUAGCAUUUUCAACUUUCAACUUUUUUCUCCGAUUAAUACACUUUUUAUAAUUUGUUUUGUGCCAAGAAAAAGGAGGUGUUUGAUCAGGUUGAAGAUAAUUGCUCUUGUUGUUAGUGUAAAUAAAGUUAUCACUAUGCUGUUUUCAUUAAGCCCUGGUAUGAGCUUACUUUCCCAAAAUAAAGAGAGAGAGAAAUCA